AUGGAUCGCUUAUCUUGUAGCCCGUGUGCUACGGAUAUGAUAGUUGACGAUUCGCCAAUAUCUCCUGGCGUCUACGACUGCCAAAUAAUUGCCACGGAGGAAGUUGGAGGACGGGAACCGAAGAAUAUAAACAGAUGGAAGCGAGGAAGCGUAGAUAAGAGAGCUGAUGAGAGAGGAGUUGAUGAGACUAUGAGAAGACCAGAGUGCAGCACCGCCGCCUCAUGA